CAAGGUAGUCAGUGUUGUCGAGAGAGGGCAGAGACGAUGGGCCGACCUUUGGUGUCUAAAGGCUGAAAAGGUCAGGUUGAAGGUCACCACCGCAACGGAGACGCCUGGCUACGCCUUGGUCAGAGUUGCGGUAGAUGAGAGGUCGCCGGAUACGGUACUCAAGCCUGGACGGCCGAGAGAAUUAAAGAGCGAGGACUCAGUGACUGUAGUGGCGAAUCGGAUCACUGGUGAGCUAGCGAUCUAUAUCAACG